GUCCUGUUGCAGGCAGAUUGCGUAUCCCCUGCACACCAAUGCUGACAUGUCAAAUAAAGCGGUGCGUUUCAUUUCAUUUUUUGAGUUGCUGCUGAUCGUCGUCUGGAGGGAAGCGAAUAUCAUCUUGCGUCUGGAGCGGAAAAUGAAAAGCCAGACGUGCAUUCUCUCCAACUUGAAAUCAUCGCCAUCAACAGCUCCUCCCCCAUCCAUAAUCAGUAACCUCCCCCCAUCUGAGGCAGAAAGCCCAGUAGAUAAAGAUUGCAGGGAGCAAGCGUACAUCUCAAGUCAACUUCUUGAAGACCUCAGAAAUAUGAGCAUUGAUGGGUGUGAAGAGACCAGGCGGCAGGCAUGCACAAAGGAAGAGUACAUCUCCAAGCUGUGCAAGUGCCAAAGUAGAAAUGAACUCUAAAUUCCUUGAAAGCGUCCAAGCUGUGCAAGUGCCAAAGGAUACAUUAUAAACAUGUAAAGAAAGAACAAACUGUAAUCAUUAAGUCAUUUUCUAUAAUGUUUAGAGCACUUUUUGUAAGUUUUAUGUAAACUUUGUGGUGGCAACAAUCUAGUUUUAUACAACCUGACUUUUUUUGUA